CGGGUAGUCACGCAUUAACCACGAAAGGAAACUUAAUUUAGUUUGUUUCCUUUCUGUUUGUCACAGGAGAAACUACUCUGGACUAAACACUCAGUAGGAGACAUGGACACUACAGAGGAGCUGGAGAUUUGUAGCCACUGCAAUAAAGAGGUGGGGAAGACGAACCUUCCCAUGCAUGAAGCUCACUGCCAGCGUUUCCUGUGUCUCUGCCCUAAGUGUGAUGAACAGGUGCCUAAGGAUCAGCUCGAGGAACAUCAAACGGAGCAGCACACAGAGAUCAAAUGUAAGAAGUGCGGUAUGAAGAUGGAAAAGCGCAAGCUACUAGACCAUGAAGCAAACGAAUGCACAGAGAGGCUUCAGAGCUGCAAGUAUUGUCAGCUGGAUCUCCCUUUCAGCAACCUAAAAGAGCACACCGUGACCUGUGGUAGUCGGACAGAACGCUGCCCGGACUGUAAGCAGUACGUUAUCCUGAAAGACCAACUCCAGCAUGCUCAGACCUGCACCUCUGUGGAAUUCAGCUUUAAAACUAAAUCCGUUAAUGGAAAUCUAAAGCCUUUGCUGGCGAACACUCUGCAGGAGGAUGAGCCUGAAGAGUUUGUGGAAGGCGGUGUUAGCCAGGCCUCCCAGUCUGAGCCUGAAGACACGACCCUGUCCCUGUCAGCUCUGCAGAAGAAGAAGCAGAAGGAGAAAAUGGGUUGGAAAGAUGAUGAUCAGAUAAGCACCUGUCCACACUGUCACCUCGCUCUGCCAUUAAACAUACUGAAGUGGCACGAAGACAAAUGCAGGCUCGCUGAAGGUCUGAAAAGGAUGAGCGUGGCGAUGGGUGCAGUUGGGGACCAGUGAGGAAUAAAUCAUGUGACUGGCAGGAAUGCAGGAGGCAACAACAGGAGCGACUCAUUUUAAUACAUUUUAUUGAUAAAUUAAUAAAAGGGUCUUUUUGGUCAUUUGUAAAGAUAAAAUACAAAACAACAAUUUGGCGAAUAUGAAUAUUGUAUUUAAGAAUUAUGUUUUUUUUUGUUUUUUCUGUUUUUUAUAAUAGAUAGAUAGAUAGAUAGAUAGAUAGAUAGGAAAAGCAUAUUGCAGUUGUAAACUAUAGCAUUCGCACUGGCACUUACUGAAGAGGUUCAGCCUUUUUAAUCCGUUAAAAUAUUCUAACCUUCCUCGAGGCAGCAUAGUGGCAUAAUGUUUAGCACUGAGGCCUCGCACCUCCAGGGUCCAGGUUUGAUUCCCGCCUCGAGACUUUGUGUGUGUGGAGUUUACAUGUUCUUCCCCUGAUUGGUGGGUUUCCUCCAGGUAAUCCUUUUUUCACACAGUCCAAUGACAUGCUGCUUAGGCUGGUUGGCGUUCCCAAAUUGCCCGUAGUGUGUUUGUGUGUGUGUGUGUGUGUGUGUGUGUGUGUGCCCUGCAAUGGGUUGGCAUCCGGCCCAGCUUGUACCACGCCCUGUGCCCUUAUUCUCCUGGGAUUAGGCUCCAGACCAUAAAUGAAUGAAUAAAUAUUUACAUGGUAAAUUAUAUAUAUAAUUAUAUACGUUACUUUUUUUAGGGACGGGAGUCACCAGGAGCCACCCGAUACGAUAUUAUCACGAUAUCUACUUUAGAUCGCUAUGAUACCAUAGGACGCUGUGGAUUAUAGACAAACUACAUCACUUUACCACCUCAAAUGCAAACAUAUAAAUAUAAAUAAAAUAAUAAUAAUGAUAAAAAUAAUAAUGGAAAAUCAUCACCAUCCUGAAUGAUUUGCUUGGCAUCAUUUGCCAGAAGAAUUGUAAAAUAAAAAGUAUAAAUGUGUUCUUAAUUUAAAUUUAAACUUAAAAUCUACAUAACCAUGAAACUAAAAAUAUGGAACUUUGCAUUUUGUUAAUAUAUAUCAGGAUUUCUCACUUCUGUCUCAUCAAGAUGUGUUGAUUAAUGUUCUAUAAUAGCAGCUCUGACAGUAUUGCCGCUGCAAGUCAAGGUUUAUAUCAAUGCUUUUGUUCAAACACUCGAUUGUUUCUAUAGUAACAAGUCCUAGGGUUUUACAUUCAUUAUAACCCAAAUGUAUGUUUUUUUUGUUUGUUUGUUUGCUUUCUGUUAAAAAUAAAACCUUAUCAUUGAUAUCAUUGACGUUGUGAAUCCUUGUGUCAGAGCUUUUAAACAGUCAACUAAACCACUUUGUUCAGAGUUUAAUGAACGUUCUCAUAAACAACAAUUCAAACAAAGUAAAUCAGACAGUCAGUCAGUCACUUUGUUGUCAAACUGUGCUCGUUAAUUGUUAAUGAUGCCGGGACACCAUCACAUGAACAACAAUUGGAGUGUCCAUGUGAAGGUGAUAUUAAUGAGGAUGACCUUGAAACCCUUGCAAUGACUCACCUGAUGUAUGGGAUAAGCAUACAUCCCCGGUUGUGCUUAUGAAAAUGGAUUGAUCAAUCAGUUUGAUCAGCCUCACCAGUAGUAACAGCAGUGGAGUCAGCCUCAGCAGUAGGGCUUUAGAUGUGAACCAGAUGAAGGAAGUAUCAUGGUUCUGUCAGAAAAGCAUGCAAAUAGAACACAGCCAUAGAUACACUGAAGCAUAUCUUGAGUAUAUCCUUGGACUACUUCUAUGCUAUAAGUUUUCUGUAUGAUGCUUUUUACUUUUCUGCACACAACUUCAGUUCCAAUUUACCAUUUGCCAGACAAAGAAAAAAAUUAU